CGAGUUAGCCGGUACGCGAACUCAGAUUCUACUUUCCAACUAAUACGCGUGGUAAUAAGCGGAGACGUUAGCGAGAACCCUGGACCAACCGUCAAUAAACCAAAGUGCCAACAGUGCUUUAGGACCAUUGCUCGAAACCAUCGUAUCAUCAUCUGUAGUUCGUGUGAUUCAACAUAUCACACCAAAUGCGGUGGUGUCACACCAAAGCAACACAACACCAUAACAACAAGCGACCAAACCUGGAACUGCUUACAUUGUGCACAAUUAACUGCGACUUUAAGCAACGACGCAUUGACCGAAUUACCAUUCAGUCAUACUACCGACGAAUCGUUUUCCUCGCUGUUUGGCGGCAACCAUGAGGACUCAAUCGGAAAUUUGACUGCUGACUUGGCUACUAACGCAGAUGAUUUGUAUAAUAUGGCAAACGAGCUUAAUGCCGCCCCAAAAGAUAGUCGUGUUGGUCAUCUGAAUAUCUGUAGCUUGCGUAAUAAAAUUGAUGAACUUAGACUGAUACAAAACAUAUGCCGCUUCGACAUCCUAGGGAUCACUGAAACACACUUAAACUCAACAGAUGCUGACCAUGAUAUUCACAUCGACGGCCUCGAGUUUUUACGCCUUGAUAGAAAGGAACGUAAAGGCGGCGGAUGUGUACUAUAUUAUGCCAAUUACGUAAAUGUUACCCAUCGAAAGGAUCUGGCUAAAAAGGGCUUAGAGGCUAUCUGGAUUCAGGCCAAAUUUCCAAGCACUAAUGUAUUGUUUUCAGUAAUUUACAGAUCUGAACUUUACUCGCCAAAUUUCUUCACUAAUUUGCAGGACGUGAUGGAAAAAGCUUGGAUGAAAACA